ACGGCUCGAUAUUCUCCGCUACGAUCCAUUUUCGUUCCGAACGCUUUUUUCGUCUUUCAUCAUCCGCUCUCAAGCCUGACACCUGCAGAUAUUUUGGUCCUAUCAUUGAGCCGCCGCAAGUAUCUUAAGAAGUAACAAGAACAGGUCGAUCUCGACCAUUCACGUUUGCACGAUCCAUCAUGAAUAUUGAAGAAGACUUUACGUAUCGCUGUUUGACUGCCGAUGGUGCUGCUUGCGCCGACUCCUGCGAGAGUCUUGCCGGCUGUCAAGAUUGUGGCUGUGUUGUGCUUUCCAAUGAUGCCGGUGGUGACUGGGGUGACGUGAUGGAUGUUAUCUUUUGCCUUUUGCCGAUCAUAUUUUUGAUUUACGCUACGAUCAAGCCGUCUCCCAUGUCGACGACUGUAUCCUUGCCGUUGGCCGCUUGUCUCAUGUUUCUAGUCCGUGUGAUGUAUCUGGGAUCGGAUCCACUGCUUACUGCGUCGUCCGUUAUUUUGGGUUUGCACGAAGCCUGGACACCGUUGAGUAUCAUGGCGGGAGCCAUUACCCUUUUUGAAAGCAUGGAAGCGACGUACUGCUUGCCUUAUAUGAUGAGGGAGAUGAAAGCUCUGACUGCAGGGCAUCCAGUUGCGGAACUCAUGCUAAUCUUUUGCUUUGCAUACAUGGUGGAGGGUGCGAGCGGCUUUGGGACACCAGUCGCCUUAGGCGCUCCCAUGCUUGUCUCGCAAGGUCAUCCUGCCUUCGAAAGCGUCGUCGUCCUGCUCAUCAUGAAUACCUAUGCGACAGUUUGGGGCGCGGUUGGUACACCGAUUUGGUUUGGUUUUGGUUCUUUGCCCCAAGUUUCCGAGGACGAGUACCUCGAUAUUUCCCGAAAGGCAGCAGUCGCGAUGGGAGUCAGCGCAUAUAUUUCGCUCCCACUCGUCCUCACUAUUCUAGUACCCUUCAAAGCUGUUCGCAAAAAUAUUGUGUUCAUAAUUGCAAGCUUGACAACAUGCUUGGGACCCUCGAUUGGAAUCGCAUUUGUCAGUUAUGAAUUUCCCUCUCUUUUAGGAGGCAUGAUCGGUUGUGCUGGAACAGCUUUUCUUAUCAAAUGCAAGUUUGGACUCCAUGAUUUCGAACAUGGUGACAAUGGUGGUCGAAACUUGGAAGAUAUUGGUUCGGUUUCGGAAAAUAGCUUGGUUCGCAAGUAUCAGAAGUCGGCGUCGAGCUUGAGCGAUGUUCCGGAGAGCGGAGCUGAACUCACUUCAACAAGAAACAACAAGACGGCCAAGCAAAUGGGCAUACCGGAAACCAACGGGGAGGAUGAGGAGGUUUACCUAACUUCGGACGAUUCCGACCAGAAAGAAGAAGUUCGGCAAAAUACCGGUACUGCAGGCGUAGUGGAUGCGGGCGCGGCAUCCAUGAACACGGAUAGCCUACACGAUACGCUGGAACAUCAUUUGGGCCCACGCAAAUCCUACGCAGACGGCUACAUCAAAGAGACGAUUAUUCGAACGUCCCCCAUUUGGCUCGUGGUCCUUAUUUUGAUUGUUACUAGAUUGGAACAAAUUGGUCUGAAAAAGUUUUUGACGAAAGUGACACCAAACUUCACCAUCCACUUUGGUACAUACGGAACGUUCCGCUUAUCUGCGAGCUUGGUGUUUCAACUUCGGGACAUUCUAACAUUCCCUGGGAUCAGCUGGAAGUACGAGUUGCUGUACGUUCCCUUUCUAAUUCCGUUUGUGCUCGUGUCCUUGCUGAACAUGUACAUGUAUCGCAAAGAUCUGGCACACGGUCCCGCUCAUGUCGCAAGAACUGUCGCUGAUCGUUUAAAAAACCCAGCAAUUGCUUUGUUGGGUGCAUUGGUUCUGGUUCAGCUUGUCAUUCGGGUUGGAGCUGAAGCCCCCGCAACAAUUCUUGGGACAGUAGUCUCUGAUUGGUUUCAAGAAGCAUUUGUAAUCAUUUCGCCUUUACUGGGAGUUUUGGGGUCCUUCUUUUCAGGAUCUACCACGGUUUCCAACUUGACAUUCGGGUCCAUUCAGCUGAUUGCGGCUGAAUCAAUCGGAACCUCUGUAACAACUAUGCUGGCUUUGCAGGCCGUCGGCGCAUCAGCGGGAAAUGGCGUGUGCCUGAACAACAUCAUAGCGGCAUGUGCUGUUGUGGGUUUAAAUGUUGGUGAAGGGAAAAUAUUGCUGCAGACCUACAAGUUUGUAUUCUUGAGUACCACCAUUGCGACGAUUGUAAUGCUCGCAUUCUACUUUCGAUUUGGAUAGGUUAGAAUGCUGAUGGAGCACACGACAGUACAUAUUCACCUUUUUGUAUAAAAUGCAAAUCAUGUUUACUCUCGGU